CCUCUGCGCUCCCGUAACAUUUAUGGACGAGCACCUAAGCCUUCUGCGCUCGCCGGCCGCCCCGUCUUCCUGCAAGCAUUCGAGGGGCGGCGGCAGCAGCAGCAGCAGCGUCGGCGGUGUCGUGGGAAGCAGCCACCACAACUUGGGCUACAGCGAGCAGUUCUUCCCCGAAGGCGCGCUCUCCGCCCCCGAGGAAGGGCAGGAGGAAGAGGAGGACGAGGACGAAGACGAGGACGAGGACGGGGAGCUGGAGGGUGGCAUGACUGUGGUGGGUGGAGAGGACCCCUUGAUCGACGAAACCCAACAUCCCCAUGCCCUGCUGGGAGGGGAGCGCUAUGACCACCCCCUUGCCCAUACCCUUCCUCCCCACAGCCAUCACCAAGUGGGCACCGGUGGAGAGGAGCACGAGUGUUGUGAGAGGGUUGUGAUCAACAUCUCAGGUCUGCGCUUCGAGACCCAGCUCAAGACACUGGCCCAGUUCCCGGAGACACUGCUGGGCGAUCCCCGCAAGAGGAUGCGCUACUUCGACCCCCUUCGCAACGAGUAUUUUUUUGACCGCAAUCGGCCCAGCUUCGAUGCCAUCCUUUACUAUUACCAAUCUGGAGGCCGAAUCCGCCGCCCCGUCAACGUGCCCAUUGAUAUCUUUUCAGAAGAAAUACGUUUCUAUCAGUUAGGUGAAGAGGCCAUGGAAAAAUUUCGAGAAGAUGAAGGUUUCAUCCGUGAGGAGCAGAGACCUCUGCCUGAGAAGGAGUUCCAGCGCCAGGUGUGGCUCCUUUUCGAGUACCCAGAGAGUUCUGGACCAGCUCGGGGCAUUGCUAUCGUCUCUGUUUUAGUUAUCCUCAUUUCCAUUGUCAUUUUCUGUCUGGAAACCUUGCCUGAGUUCAGAGAUGACCGUGACUAUGAUGGUGCUGCAGGAACGUUUGGGACUGGGGGUAGUCCUUUUGUGACUGAUCUCUUCACCAAUACUUCUUCCCCAGCUGCAUCUAUGGUGUCAUCCUUCACUGACCCCUUUUUUGUGGUGGAGACUCUGUGCAUUAUCUGGUUCUCCUUUGAGCUGCUUGUCCGCUUCUUUGCUUGUCCCAGCAAACCCACCUUCUCUAAGAACAUUAUGAACAUAAUUGACAUUGUGGCCAUUAUACCUUAUUUCAUCACCUUGGGUACGGAACUGGCUGAGAGGCAAGGAAAUGGUCAGCAAGCAAUGUCUCUGGCCAUUCUCAGAGUCAUCCGGCUAGUCAGAGUCUUCCGUAUCUUCAAGCUCUCUCGGCACUCUAAAGGGCUGCAGAUCUUGGGGCAAACUCUGAAGGCCAGUAUGAGGGAACUGGGCUUGCUCAUUUUUUUCCUUUUCAUUGGCGUUAUCCUCUUUUCUAGUGCUGUCUACUUUGCAGAAGCUGAUGAUCCCACUUCAAGCUUCAGCAGUAUCCCUGAUGCCUUUUGGUGGGCUGUAGUAACCAUGACCACGGUGGGUUAUGGGGACAUGCAUCCCGUCACUAUUGGGGGCAAAAUAGUAGGAUCUCUUUGUGCCAUUGCUGGUGUGCUGACGAUUGCCUUGCCUGUUCCAGUCAUUGUCUCUAACUUCAACUACUUUUACCAUCGGGAAACAGAAGGGGAAGAACAAGCUCAGUACAUGCACGUAGGGAGCUGCCAGCACCUCUCCUCCACUGAGGAGCUGAAGAAGGCUCGGAGUAAUUCCACCCUCAGCAAGUCAGAGUACAUGGUGAUAGAAGAGGGAGGCAUCAGCAACAGUGCAUUCAAACAGGCUGCUUUUAAAACAAGCAACUGCACCAGCACAAACAAUCCCAACUGUGUGACUAUUAAAAAAAUCUUUACGGACGUUUAAAAGACACCCUUUGCAGAGGUGGAAAGAAAAUUACAAGAAGUCUGCGUAAUCAGUAUUUGUGAGGAACAUGCACCAUUGUCAGUCUUUGUGCUCUUGUUUAAUACAUAUACUUUUCUGGCCCUUCCUUCUGAAGAUAGAAUAUUUUUUUAGAAGAACAAAGAACCAAGCUGAUGUUAAGGAAGA